AUGUGCGACUCUACUCAUGGAGUUCAUUUGUUGGUCCUUGUAACAUUUGUUUCAAUAAUUGGGGAUAUUGUAAAACAAUUUACGAAAAGGUUUCAUGACAAAAAUUUUAAAACUAACAAUCCGGGAAAUAUUGUAGAGAAAGAUGUCGAUGAUGUUGUAACCAAUAUGGACAAAUUAAAUAAUGAAGGUGUAGAAAUUGAAUUGAUUUCUAAAUAUGAUAAAACAAAAACCAAGGGUGGUGAUGGAAAAGUAGAUGAUGGAUCUAAAAUUGGAAGUAAUUAUGCCGAAAAUGAGGAUAGUAACAAUUCAUCCAAUAAUGAUGUUGAACAAAUGGUGGAUAAUGGGCAAAUUGAUAUGAAUGUUGCGAUAGGAGGGAUUAAAAACUUUAUUUUGCUUAUUAUAGAUAACAUGUUACCUCAUUUCAUAUUUGGGAAAAUCUAUAAGAGGUACAAUGGUUUCUUCAUGGAUCAAGAAAAAAAUCUUCCUCCACUCUUAUGGAUUGAUUUUCUUCCACAAGAAAAAGAAUGUGCUGGAUUGGCUUCUUUGAGCCGAUUUAUAUCUUUUGCAAUUGCAAGAACUGCUUUAAACUUGAUUUAUUGUAUUGCCUAUCCUCUGAUUUAUGGAGUUGAAUAUAAACCUAAUGCCCUUGGGCCAUAA